UGAUGAUGCUCUGGAGGGAGGAUGCUUGGAAGGGAGAUGACGGCCGCUCUGAUUGGCUGAGCGCUGUAUCAGUGUGCUGUUGUUUGAGGCUAUAAAAAGAUGAGACGAUGGGUAGCAGCAGUAGCCGACCUGAGACAAGCUGGACAGACAGACCCAGCGAGACAGACACAAAACAGAAAUACAACAGCACCAGAGUCUGGGAGCCUGAACUCACCUCCAAAAUGUGUAAAGGACUAGCUGGAGUGACAUCCUUCCCUGCCACUUGCUUAAAAAGGUGAGACUGAUGUCUGCAGAGCCUCCUGCAAUGGGGGACUGGGGACAUGCUGAACAUUUCUACUUGCAGAGCUUUUUAACGCUGGUGGGAUGAAACUACGUGCAGAGCACUGCACAUCUGCAAAGCAGUUUGGAGAGCAGUGAUACAUUAAAUAACAGAAUGCAGGUUACUGCAGAAAUAUUCCAUUAAGCUUUAAGGGACCUGUUAUUGGAGACUGAAUAUCAUCCAUUGGUUAAUUCUCCCUAAUAUGUUGUUAACCCUUUGUAAGGAGGUUCCAUGGUGACGUCCUAUUCUGAAACACAUUUGGCCAGUUUUUGUUUUGGAUGGUUUAAGCUGCAGGCUGGUAAUUGAGUUGGAUUGGAUUUAUUAUUGUGAAUAGAAUGUAACACAUUGUUGUUGUGGUAUCUGAUGGUAGGUUCAGUGUAUUGGAUGUGGAAGUGAAGGUGGUAUUUCUGUGGCUUGAAAGAAUGUGCUGGUAGUUCAGAUUAAUCUGGUAUGUUGAAAUAGAGCAAUUAUGUGAAGAUUCUCCAGUCAGAUGUUCGUUAUAUUAACACAUGCAUUAACGCUGAUGUUAAAAAUACAUCUACUGAAUGCAGUGUGACUAGAAUUCGUGAAUACAGAGCACUGUGGGGUUUAUUGAUUAAGUCAAGAAUUGUGAAGAAUUCCACAUUUCACUCCUAAAUAACCAAAAUGAUAAAAACACAGCUAUUUUCAAAAUUUGAGUUUUGUUUUAAAAGUUACGGUUCUCUUGUCACAACUCCAAGUUAAGUGAAUAAACCCCUUAGUAUGUACAGGCAGAUUAUGCUACUAUGCACUGAGUAUACAAUUCUCAAAUUAAUACGUUUUACAGCUUCAUAUCCAAACAGUGCGCUUUAGCACUUUAUUAACCCUUACAGCACAAUUGACGUGUCUUUCAGAUAAAUAUACCCAGGGUUUAACCCUUAACCAAGCCAUCCAUUUUAGGUCUUUGAAAUAAAUGUAUGUAUUAUGUUGGUGUAAUUAGAACGUGGAUGUACAACUCAGAUUUUGAAUUAGAAUUACUUGUAAUAUACUAAUAGACAUUAAAUUACUAAACAAUGUUCACAAAGCAAUAUUACAUCAUGUAAAUUCUGACUCUGGUUUAAUUUGAUAGGCAUGGUCUAGAUUGCAAUGGGAAAUGUGUAAGCUUUAUGGUAUUUCAAGGAAAGGCUUUGCUGUUUUCAAACACUUAUAUAGGUAGCAUUUUAAGUCCAAUUUAAUGUGUGCCCUAAAACCCACACCUUAACAAUAGUUCACAGUAUAGUCAGGGCAUCUGAAAAAUAUGAUUAUUAUUGCAGGACGUUUGACUAUAGUACAUUAGAAACACAUUGGUAAAUUUGUAUGUGUGUGUGGGUCUCCUGCUCGGGGGGCAGGUGGACCAACUUUGAGUCUGAGAUGCGAUGUUCUAGAUUUAGAAGACAAUCCAGACAUUAUUAGCAUCCUGAAUGAAGUACACAUAGCUCUACAUAAAAUCUGCUGAAAAGGUUAGAAGAUAACAACAGCCAACAUUUUGUGGAGUCUUACUCCUUACAUCACUGCCGUAAACAUUGCUAUUCUUAAUUAAGAACAGUAAUAACAUCAGGGCUGGAUAAACAGGUAGCCAUGGUUACUAUAAUAAAAACAGCAAGAGGGUAACUUUUGCUAUUGUUUCUUCGUUUCUGUCUAUGUAAAUCACCCAACAAGAAAGAAAUAUAUUUUUUAUUUGGUUUCAGUUUUUCCAUUAAUGAAUAUCUACUAAUUAAGGCUAAUAUCUUCUAUAGGCUACAUGCACUCCUAUACACACAUAACAUGGGCAUAAAUAUUAACACACAUAUAUUAUUAUUAUUAUUUUAUUUUUUAUAUAGCGCCAUCACAUUCCGUAGCGCUCUAUGUAUACACACACUGUUAGUGUGGGCUGUUCUAAAGAGCUAGAGAUAAUUCCUGGUUAAUAUUUCCAAGGCUAAUGAGCUGUGACAGAAGCCAAGAAGAGGGUUAGAUCUGUAAUUUAGUGGCUCAAUUUGUUUAUUGCAAAAUACAUGAGACGGAUCAGGGACAUUGCAGUAACACCAGUGAAGCGAUAGAUAGCAUUCCUAGAAUGGUACAACAUCAAAUAGUGAAGUUAAAGUCAAUAUAAGGGCAUUGACGGGAUAGUGAUUGGACAGUCGCAAACAUGGAACAAAAGCAAUGUCAUAAAGAGACAGGGCCGUUGUACAUACAUAUCCCUAUUUAAUAAAUAUAAUGUCAGAGAUUUGUAAAGGCUGAAUACAUAUAUAUUGAGAAGUGAUUUAUUGGCAUUCCUUUAAUAUCUAUCUUAAUGAUUAAGUCAUGUAUUGAUCAUCCUUCAAAAAUAAAGGCAGAACUGCCUUUAUAAAUAUAUGUAUUGCUUUUUGGAAACGUUCACCAACUCAGCAAAUAUCUAAAUCAGCUACUUUGGCCUAAAUUUAGUAAUUUUAACGUAAAUUCACCAUUUAGUGAAUUUAGUAAAUAACACCAUAAAGGUUGCUGGGAGCAUAAAACGCAUUGUAGCUAUGGUAAUCUGACAGUUCUGGCCACUAGUUACUAAUUAACCACCCCAGCAGCAUGUUCACAUUCUAUACUGCUGAUAGAGCUUUUACUGCACAGCUCUAAAUGCCUGCUCUCUGUUGUCGUAUAUUAAUACCAUAUUCUGAAAGUUGAUUAGAAAGAAUAAGGAAGUUUCAAGGAACCCAUAUAUCCAAAUCAUUCUUUGAGAGAUUGAUUUACUUCAACAUAGCUGGGAAGUCAAAAUGAUUUAUUAAAGAGUGACAUGUGGUAUCAUGUGGAGCUUUAAAAUAUAGGCCAAAAUAUCAAAAAGUUGGAGAAAUUUUACAAUUUGGCUAUUUUUAUCCAUAGUAUUAAAAUCAGUUCCACAAUUUCCGCCAAGUGAAUACAUGAACUUUAGAACCCAGUAGCCGGUUUGCAUUGCUAUUUCAUAAGAUAUUUCUUGACAGGUCUUUUCAUUUUAGUUGUGGUGAGCCGGGAAAAGAGACAUUAGUAAAGUAAUAGAGGUCCAGGCACUCCUUGGUUCAAGACAGGCCCUUUAUUAGGAACAACAACAGCAACGUUUUGACCCCAAAAGGUCUUUGUCAAGCUUACGUUGCUGUUGUGGUUCCUAAUAAAGUGCCUGUCUUGAACCAAGGAGUGCCUGGACCUCUCUUACUUUACUAAUGUUUGGAAAUCUGGUGUUUGAUUCCGGCUCAGCAAGCACCCUGGCUCAGAUUUGUGGGAGUGAGUGCAGUUCCACAUACACUAUUCAAGGGAAAAGAGACAUUGUCUAAUUUGAAUGUUUUGACCAAAUUUUUAAUGUUAAGUAUUAAUUUGAGAUAACUUACUCUCUAGUGAAUAGACCUGCAUGUUUUAUCACUGCACAAAGAAUAGAUAGUAUUAUCCUUUAUUAAGGAUGGGUACAUUUUAUAUCACAGUAAUGCAGUUUAAUGACCUUAAAAUGUCCUUGUAAUAGAGAUUCUUUGUUAGUCAUCCUAUGCUAGAUAAUACUCUGCUAUCUACCCAAGACACCAGAUAAGUCAUUUACGCAGGUAAAGGAUUACACACAGUAUAAUAUAUAAUUAGAUAAUAGCAAUAAAAUGUGAAUCGAGAGCCCUAACUGUCAGUUUGUGAGAUGCACCUGGAGGCAAGGUUCUACAGAAUCUCUGUCAUCUAUGAUAGAAGAAGGAUUUAGGGGCCCCAUGAGCCAAUGAGUCAUGGCUUCUAAAAUAUGUAUUGCAAUGCCAUAGUGUUUGAAUAAUCUGAUCUCUGGAUGCCAUUUUUCCAAAAUAAAUAGCUAAAUACAAUGAUAUAACUGCAGGCUGGCAUCUAAAUAUUAGUUUGGUUUCUACAUUUUGAAUCCUUUUGAUUCCAGUGUUACAAAGAUUGAUCAUUUAUUUUGUAGCUUUUUGAAUGACUAUAGUAUUACCGGGGUGAUUAUUAUUGAUCUACAUUGCUAGAUCUGUGAUAAUGUCAUGUAAUAAUAGGGACGGAUGGAUCAGCCUUUAUUAUUAUAUAAUGGGGUAUAGCUGGUCUUUAGCUAUCUACAAGUUAUUGCAAAUGCUUAUUAUUAUUCAAGAUUUCAUAGUUUUUACUACUGUGUGAUUGAUAACCGAUUCAUUGCCUAGAUAUGGUUACACACUGGAAUAAUUACUCAAAGAUUUUACCCUAAAUCUUUCAAGUUUCUUGUUAAUUCACUGUUUAGGCAAUAGAACUUCGUGUAAAUGAAGAACUUGCCUAGGCUAAUAGUUUGCUUGCUCCAUAUGCAGAAUAAAUCACAUCUGGCUUUUUUUGUUUUGUUAAUUGUCAUCAAUGCUAAUAGCAUUUAACAAGAGAAAACAAACAGAUUGCCUUUCCUGCUCAUGUACAAUAUUGCCCUGGGUGAAAUUCUGUCACUGCAGAAAGAUUGUUCCUGGCCUAUAUUACUGUGUAUACCUGAUUUAUUGAUCCUCGUUUAUAAAACACUGUGUGAUGGUCAAAUCAUUCCUGGUUCUAUAAUGCUAUACCAUGGGGGUACGGAGGAUGACUGAUAUAGGUAUCACAGUAUGUCAUUCUUUGAAAACUAGUAUUUUUCUAUACUGAGUUAAGGGAUAUUGUUGUUAUUAUUAUACAGUAUUGAUUAGUGAAGCCAUUACUAGUAAUAGAUGUGUGUAACACAGAGAUACAUGCAUCUGUAAGUACAUGGGUAUUUGUGCUCUGUAUUGAUGCAUGAUAGGGACCUGGGACCAUAUGUACCUAAUGUACAGAGAAAAGAAGGUUUUCACAAAAGCUUAUCAUUAAAAAAUUCUGUUAGUCCAAUAAAAAAGGUAUAACAAGAUACAAAUUAUAUCUGUUUUUUUUUACAUGUAAUGUACAGAUACAUAGAUGUUCUAGAUUGCUUGUACACUUGCAUUAGAAGUAAUACUACAGAUAUGUCUGCCACAGUCAGAUACAUGUACAGUCUCUCACAUUCAUUGCAGCAGCUAUAUCCACUUUGUAGGAGAGAAGCUUUUACACGCAUCAAAGAACAGGGUAAAUGUUCUUUCGUUGUUUCUUUCUUCAAGAAAGGAACAUUAAAAGGGACUUUGUAUGGUUGUUUUGCAUUAGGUGAUAAUGAAUGCAGUUUAUUCUAGCAUUGAAAGUAUAGUUUCAGGCCACUGUUGCAGACUUUUAAGAUGCCUGUAGGUGUCAAAAUUUAUAUCCAGUGUUUCAUGUGCUCUCCAUUGACAUAAUGAUGCAUCGUGUAGGUGUAAGUUAUGUGCACGUUUGUUCCUUGUUCACUUAUUCUGGGCAAAAUGGUGGCAUAAUCAGAAAAAUCUAUGCCCAUUUAUUUAAUUACUAAAUGAUGCAUGACAGUCACGAAAUUCUGCUGAAAUUAGCACACCUGAUUUAUUUUGCUGUACCUAUACAUAAUCCACAUGCAUUUACCUCUCUCUUUUUUUUUUUUUUUAGUGCGAAGGACAUGAAACAUCGUCUUGGAUUCCUACUUCAAAAAACAGAUGGAUGUGAAACCAACCCUUACCCAAAGAAAGACAAACCUGGUUGCCAGAGGUAAGUCUCUGACAUUGUGUUGCGUUAAGAAUUAUUCUAGACAUUAGUUCUUUGGAUGAAAUAUGUGAUAUUUGUAAAAUGUCACUGCUGGACUUCUUACAAAAUGUUCUCAUAGCAACUCUGUCAAUGGGAUGGUGCUUUUGGUACUCUGAGCUGCUGUAAAAAGUAUGUCUCCAUUACAUCUACUCAAGAUCAUUUUCUUUCUUUUUUUCAUGGGAAUCAUGUUACACCCAAUGUUGCCAAGUUUAGGACAUUUUCAGUAAAAUUUGAUUCAAGUCUUAAAAACCAGCUGGAUACAAUUUACCACCCAACGGUUGUGUUUCUGUAACUGUUAUUAGUUAAUUACGCUACAGUAACCGGAAUUUAAUAGCAAGUAUAUGUAAACUUACUUGAUCAUUAUUGAAUUAAAACUGGAGGGGGUAAAUUCAGUCCCCCGACCCUCUGGUCAAGGUCUGGCCUUAAACAAAAUACCUUAUUAUAAGCUAAAUGAUUAAGUGUACAUCCUUCAGCUAAAUUUCUCUUCUAAAUGGUCAAUUCCAUGUGCUAAUAUAUUUUAUUGGCACGUUCUCUAAUAAUGUCUGUGUUAAGGUACUAGAUAAUAAGCCAGUUAGAUAAUAAACCACAUAGUAGACAAAUAAAAAAUUUCCGUACAUGAAAGAUAAACAAAAUCAAAUACAACUAACAUAGUGUGGAGAUCAGGUGUGUCCAAUCACAAGAAACAAGAAUAAAGUAAACAAAGAUGGAGUACACGCAUUUAGUAGUUUGUAAGCGCCUUUUUAUAUGUGUACUUGGUGUAUGUGCAUGUACCUUCAAUGCUUUGUUUCUUUGCUUCUCCAGGCUAAGUCAAGAUGACAUUAAGAAAUGGACAGAAUCCUUGGAGAAUCUGAUUAACAAUGAAUGUAAGUUGGAAAUUUACAGUUAUUUAAAAUAUUAUAAACAAAGCAAAGUUUUAUAGAGAGUAAUAGAUAGAGACAUUUUUUUUCCAUGUCAAGGAAUUACAUUUCUCAUAGUGAAUCUACGUGACUAAAAUCAGUUUUAGAACCCAGAAUGACUUGGAACGUGCCACAAUAAAUAAACAUUGUACUGACACUGCUCUGUCAUCUUGUGCAUGGAAUAGGAUAGAACUGAAGAUUUAGUGACGUCAACAUAGAGUGACCCUCAAAUCUUAAGUGACCCCAGUUUGGCUUUGUUACAAACAGUUGAUGAUAGCUUCUAGUCCCAUGUCUGGUUAACUUUUACUUAGCUUUUCCCAGGCUUCUUGGUUUGCAUCCUAUUCUUGAAUUACAGCUGCUGGGAUUAAAGACAUAUGGUUGGAGUUACUCAUAAACCUUAAAGGGCAUUCUUCUAUGUUUAUUUCAUAGCACUUGCAUAAACAUAGAAAUGCAAUAAUAUGUAAUAAUUCAGAUCAUACUCAGCACUAACCCCCAUUCUUUUAGUGUGUGAUUGUGUGUACAUGUCCAAUUUGCUUUCUUUAGAUUUUAAACAAUGUUGACCCUCAGUAAUAAUAUUAAGCAUGCCCACAUAAUUGUCCUUUAUCAAUAUUACCCAAUUACUCCCUGGCUAAAAAGAAGGAAAAUGAAUCGAACAUAGUGACUGUUAGCUGUAACACCUUAGUUAUCCCUCCAUCUCAGUAUGCCUGUUAUGUAUGGAGAGUGAUUGAACUAGGUCAAGUGAGAAAGCUGUAAGAUUCUACAUGUAACAAUACGGAUGUAGGACUACACUUUUUAUCUCCUAUGGUCUGAACGUCUACAUUAUUCUUGCAUCUUAACUUAAAUGCAAUCCCCUUUAUAUUUAGGGUACAACAUCUGUUUAUUUAAUGGAUUUUUUUUUUAUAAAGAAUGCUUUAUAUGUAACUGUAUGAAAUAUGAAAAUGUUCGCAAAAAUAAAGAAAUAUAAAAAAAAAUAAAAACAUAUUACUCAAUAGAAAGAUAACGGUGAAACCAAGUAAUUGGAAUGUUCUUUGUACACCUAAUAGAAUUCUUGUUGCUUGCAGGUGGUGUACAAGCAUUCCGGUCCUUUCUUCAGUCUGAAUACAGUGAAGAAAAUUUGGAUUUCUGGCUGGCUUGUGAGAAUUACAAAAAGUUGAAAAAUCCAGCAAAGCUGCCUAUCAACGCCCAAAAGAUCUAUGAAGAUUUCAUUUCAGUGGAAGCUACUAGAGAGGUAAAGGACAAACCCACCACUAAACCUUACUAGUGUAGAAUCUUAUAAUUAGAUUUAAAUACACUUACUUUUGACUUCCAUCUCUCCUCUACUAUUCAUGACUCAUCUACCCCAAAUGUAUCACAAGGAACAAUAUUCAUCAAUGAAAUAUCUUAAUUAAAUAUCAGACCCAUACUCAGAUGACUAAUCACAAUUACAAAAUAUUAAUUAUUCCAUAUAAAAAUACAUAUUUAUACAAUUUCAAUUGCAUCACAAUCAUAUAUUAUUCAGUGGAAAACUAUACAAGAUAAAACUUGAUAUUGUUUAAUGUGAUGACCAGAAACAUAUUUUGAUAGAGUCUUGAAUUUCAACUUCUAUCAUUUGUGUUAAUUACAAGACAUUGGCAAGUUUUUUGACAUCUUUGUAGUGACAGUUCAUAAAUGUAUCAUUGUGGAGCAUCACGCUUUAACUCCAUGACUAAUACACUCAUAACCAUGUCAACAGGUGAACCUCGAUUCUGCUACUCGUGAAGACACCACCAAGAACUUGCUCCAACCAACCAACUCCACUUUUGACCAGGCCCAGCACAAAAUCUUCAUCUUGAUGGAAAAAGAUUCCUACCGACGCUUUCUAAAAUCACAGUUCUACCUGGAGCUAACAAACAUUACAAGCAAUAGUGGUAGCAUAAAGAAGACAAAAGCUCUUGGCACAGACAGUCACCCAUUCAUUCCACAAUGUGCUUGAAACCUGAGACUCAGAUUGUGAACAGUCACAUCUAAGAACUAGAUAUUUAUGUUCUCGUAUAUAUUGUACAAAGGUUCUGAGCUGGCUCCUCUUAUUUAUUACAUAUGUGUCUUGCAUGCAUUUCUGUUCUAAUGGGGCAAGCUGGAAGUAUAACUCAGACCCGUGCAGUGUUGUACAGACUAGUGAUUCAGUGGAUAUUUAGUGACACGUCCCACACAUCAGGAAAUGCUUGUAAUUGUAAAAGAUGGAACAUGUCUUUACUUUGAGAGAUAUCUGACUUCUAUUGAACUGUUGUGCACUGACAUGAGAUUAUUGCUAUCUGUACUAUUUCAAGCUGACAAAAUGGCAAUUAAGUCUUUACAUCUUCACAUUCAAUACAUUGAGAAGGACCUACCUUUGGUUGGAGGAGAUUGCUGCUGAAUAAAUGUUUUGGGAGAAACAAAAUCUUCUCCAGCAAAAGGAAGCUCUUAACAGCAUGUUUAAAAAUAGAUUGUUGGAGGUAUUACCAGCAAGGCAACAUUUUUAAUAGACUAAUGAGGAGAGACUACUGAAUGAAGUGGCCACUACUACUACUUCUUGGUUCAAACACUUUGUGUUAGUUACAUUACGACUGGUACUGCUAUUUAUGAUUUUUACUGUGUUUCAUUUCUGUUAUUUUUUUUUUUGUGACAGUCGGUUCAAGAGAUUUUCUAUUUUUUAUACAGCACAGAAAAAAGGUUGGUUGUUGAGACCAGAUCUGACAACAGAAAAAGGUUACAGAGAAGUUUUAUUUAUGAAAGUUACUGAACAGAUGGGGUGGGAAAAAAUAAUUUAUUUCAACGAGCAUGUUUUUGUCAUAGUACUUUGUAACUUGUGCAUGCUUGAGAUAAAACCAAAUGUCUGUGAAGCUAAAUAAACAAUACCCCAUAAAUAACACAUUAUUCUAUUUAUGUUACCAGGUGAAUAUACAAUUAACUGCUAUUAUUGCCUCUAUCAUAUUGUGUCAGUAGGGUCCUCCUAUAUUAUGAACUCU